CUCUCACUCUCGGAUUGAUCUUUCGAUAAUACGGCCUAAUUAGCACGACCUAAAAAAACAGUAUUUAAAUUCUCUUGUCCCUACCUCUAUCUCUUUUAUUUCUUCCUUUUUCUCAUUCUUGUCUUGUAUUUGCAAACAUCAUCUCUUACUCUCUCACCUUUACACAUACUCUCACGCUUUUACUACUGCUAAAAAUUUGUUUUGUACCAAAGACAACAUCUUUUUGAUCACGCAUGGAUUCCGCUGUUAACUUCGUCACCGAGGCUGCAAAAUCAUCGGGCUUUCUCCGCCUUGUUCUUAAAGCCUUUGAGCGAUCUAAUGCACCAAAGACUGCUCUUGGUCUCUUUGUUUUCUACUACAUUGUUAAGUAUAGAGACAAUGCCAUUGGCACCCGACGCAUUAACCUUCCUGGACCCAAGGGUCUACCUCUCAUUGGCAAUCUCUUUCUCUUUUUAAGAACACCUGGAAGCGAAAUUUCAACGCUGCAUGAUCGUAUGCAUGAAAAGUAUGGCUCAACAUGGACCUACAGCUUGACUGGAAUGGGCCGCACCAUUAUGGUGAACGACCCUGCGGUUCUCGAACACGUUCUCAAGACGAACUUUUGGGCAUACGAGAAAGGCCCCAUCUUGCGCGAGUCCAUGGAAGAUCUCUUAGGACAUGGCAUCUUUGGUGCUGAUGGCCAGCACUGGAAAUGGCAGCGCAAAAUGGCUAGCCAUAUCUUUAACGUGAAGGCAUUCAGAGAUUACACAAACAAUGUGUUUGUACAAGAGUCUCAUAUUGUUGCCAACUACCUUGAUACGAUCGCAAGAAAAGGGACUGUCGUCGAUAUCCAUGAACUCUUGCUCAAAUUCACACUUGAUAGCUUUGGCGAAGUCUCUUUUGGACAGUCCUUCGGAUGCCUAACUGACCCUGAUCAGGAGGUUGUGUUUGCUGCUGCCUUCGACCGUCUGAAUGCACAAGUGAGCGAACGUCUUUUCAAAGGGCCUUGGAAAGUGGUUGAGUGGUGGACGGGUGCCAACAAACAGGUUGAAAAGGAUAAGAAGAUUGUCACCGACUUUGCACUAGACAUUAUCCGCAAGCGUCGUGCAAGCACUUAUGAUAAGCCGCAAAAGGAUCUCUUGCAGCUGUUCAUCGAUCUUAAGGACGAUGAUGGCCAGUCUCUAUCGGAUGAAACACUCAAGGACAGUAUCCUCAACUUUAUUAUUGCAGGACGUGACACGACAGCACAAGCCCUGUCCUGGAUGUUUUACCUAAUGUUCCGAAACUCUACUGAUAAGGACGUCGCAUUCAAGUUACGGAAGGAGAUCGAAGAGGUUCUUGGCGACCAAGAACCCACAUAUGAGACCUACAAACAGAUGAAAUAUGCGGAAGCAUGCCUCUAUGAAGCGUUACGACUAUAUCCUAGUGUUCCCCGCAACCUAAAAGUCUGUGUUGAAGACGAUGUCCUACCAAAUGGUGUUGAGAUUAAGAAGGGUGAAUUCUUCCAAUGGUCACCAUGGACCAUGGGUCGUGACACUGCCAUCUGGGGUCCUGAUGCUAAAGAGUACCGACCUGAACGCUGGCUUCAGGGAGAGAAGUUUUCGCCCACAAAGUUCCCAGCCUUCCACGCUGGUCCUCGCACUUGCCUUGGCCAACAAUUCGCAACAAUUGAGGCCGUCACCCUCAUGUCGAUUAUCUUUAGGCGAUUCGAUUUUGAACUUGUUGAUCCAGUGAACGAGCCUGCCUAUGGUGCAGGCCUUACAUUGCCUGUGCUCAAGGGAUUGCCAAUCCGUGUGAGACAUCGCAAUGCUGCACAGACUCUCUAAACUAUACGAUAAUACGUUUUAUAAUGAUAAUUGGAGGAGAAAGGUGUAAUAAAGGCACAUACUUAAUUUAGUUUGCGG